AUGCUUGUGAUGUACCUCAUUUUUCUUGCUGCAUUCUGUUGUAAUUAUCUUAUAAUUUUUAGUAUUCUAAUUGGCGAAUUCAUUGGUCAUUGGCUGUUUUUGGACGAACCUAUACCAAUGUUUUUCACCUAA